AUGAGUAAGUCACUCUCAAAGAGUGGAGGUAGUAGUGCUGCUGGUACACCUGUUAUUAAUGGAUCUUCACAGAGUACUGGUGGUGGCAGUGGCAAGGAUUCGAUGACGAGAGAGGAAUUCGAGAGGCUAAAGAUGAUACAGGAGCUGAAGGAUGAAUACGAGAGGAAGAUUAGUACGAUCGUUUCGUGUCUACAAGAGAAAUCAGAGGAGAACAUCGAUUUGAAUGCCAAGGUGGAACGACUGGAAAAGAUGAUGGCCAUUCGUGAUACCAAUCACGAGAAGGUGGUGGAAGGCAUCCACGAGAUCAUCUCGCACAAAGACGAGGAGAUCAUAAGAGAACGCAAAAAGUCGGCGGAACUCGAGCGUCGUACUCAUUCGAUGAGUGAGCUGUUCAAUGAGAUGGCCGAAGACAAUAUAAAGCUGAAGGACAUCCUCGAGGAGACGAGAAACCGAAUGAUUCAAGCACAGAAGGAGGUGAAUAAGGAGGUUGCCAACGCGGUGAAACGCUCACAGACACAGCUACAGCAACAAGUACAAACACUACAGGUACAACUUCAGCAAACACAACAGCAGCUACAACAACAUCAAAACAGUCCGGCCAACGGCAACGGUAUAAAGCUGUUCUCGGGUCUAUCGAAACUCGUCAAUUCCACUGUGACGCAAUCACAACAACAACCUUCUACCUCACCAAAGAAGUCGCCAUCCAACAACAGCUUAUCGGUUGUUACUAGCAAUGCUAGCAAUGGUGGUAGUUUAGAGUCGGUUUCACCUGGUUUGACUAGCCAGAAGAGUGACGGCAAUUUGAAGGAACAUAUGCAGACGAUGUUGACUACACAGGAGCAGAUGAUGGAUAUCAGCUUGGAGGAGAUCGCUAGAAACGAACAGUAUAUGGGAUUGGAUCAUCUGUUGUUGACUGACGACAAGUGGAUGGCCAAGUUCCGUGAGGCACCGAUGAAAGCAAUCACCAAGUUGCUUCUGGAGAAGUUGAUUGACCGUGUGGAAUCGGACCAACAGAAAUCGAGUGAAACCAUCGAGCGACUGAGAUCGUCGCUGCAAUCGCUCGAGAGUAGAAACGAUGAGUUGAUGCGUGAGUUGGAGACCAACGAGAAGCUGCUGAAGGAAGCACAGAACUCGGCAUUCAAGGAGAAGCAAAGAGGUGAUGCAUUCCGUGAUAGCGCUGUAGAGUACGAAAAGAAGAUAAAGGAUCUCGAGACUAGAAUGUGGGAUAACUUGAACAAGGAAGGACAGCGACGUACCGAUGCAGAGUAUAACGCCAAACGUCUGAAAAAGAAAGUGGAAGAGUUGGAAUUCUUACUGGAGGAAAUGAAAGAGGAUGAUUCCGAUGACGACGAUUCCGACGAUUCCAGUUUACUAUCCGAUGAUUCAGAUGAUUCAGAUAAUGAAAAGAAAGAUAAACAUAAAGAAGAGGAAGAGGAGGAUGAAGAUGAUGAUAAAGAUGAAGAAAAAGUUGAAAAGAAAGAAGAGGAAGAGGAAGAAGUAGAAGAGAUAAAGAAUAGAGAUAUAAGGACAAAUCAUAUAAAAGAAGAAGAAAAAGAAGAAGAAGAAGAAGAAGAAGUUAUAGAAAAAGAGGAGAUAGUUGAAGUAAAAGAAGAGAUAGUAAAAGAAGAAAUAGUAGAAAAAAUAAUAGUAAAAGAAGAAAAAGAAGAAGAUAUAUUGGAAAAGGAAGAAGUUGUAAAUCAUAUCAUUGUAAAAGAAGAGAUAGCAGAAGUAAAAGAAGAUAGUGAUUCUGAAGAAGAGGAAGAGGAAGUAGUAGAACAAGAUAAAGUAUUAAUUGAAAAAGAAAUAGAAAAGAAAGAUAAAGAGCCAAUAGAUGUUAAAGAUAUAGAGAUAAUAGAUCCAAUAAAACUUACACAGUUGGCAUCGGAAUCGUCGAAAUUCAAAAGAGUGGUCAGAGAAGAUGUAAAACCACAAAGUGUACCAACAGAAGAUAAAUUAGAAUCACCAAGACAAAAUAAAACAGAUAACAAUAACAAUAAUAGCAGUAAUAUUACAAUAACUACAUCUACAUCUACAUCAACUUCAAUAACACCUACACCACCUGUACUAAAUACUACUACUCCCACUCAAUCAUCAUCAUCACCACCAUCAUCAUCAACAUCAACAUUAAAACAAACAAUAACAAAAGAAGAAUCAAAUGAUAGUCCUAAUUCAUCAUCACCAAUAUCAACACCUGAAGUAUCAUCACCAUCAUCAUCAUCAUCACAGAGUACAAGCUCCAAUCAAGAAUCAACCUCACCAAACAAACAACAACCAACUAGAAGUACCAGUUCAAGCCGUCUGAGUAUAGGUGGAAUCGGAUCACUAUUGAAGAAAGCAGUUCCAGGACACAGUAAAGAUCACGACACCACCGAUAGCGACUCCUCACUCUCACACAAAGAGAAGAAACAACGCGAGAAAGAACAAAAGGAACGCGAGAAGAAAGAGAAAGAGGAAAAGAAGAAACUUGAAAAAGAUAAUAAGAAACGUGAACUUGAAGAGAAGAAAAAAGAAAGAUCAAAAAAAGAUUAA